AUGUCAACGACGACAGGAGCCUUCCUCGCCGGAGGUGUUGCAGCAUGUGGAGCAGUCACAGUCACUCACAGCUUUGAGACCGUCAAGAUCCGUUUACAAUUGCAAGGAGAAUUGCAAUCGAAGAGCGACGCGGUCAAGAAAUAUCGUGGUGUGUUCCACGGUGUCAAGGUCGUCCUGCAGAAUGAAGGCCCGCGCGGCCUGUUCCGAGGAAUCGGCUCUGCCUAUAUCUAUCAAGUUCUCCUGAACGGUUGCCGUCUCGGGUUCUACGAACCUCUGCGCGGAUCCAUCACAAAUGCGGUCUACAAAGACUCCCAGGUUCAGUCCCUCGGCAUAAACGUCUGCGCCGGUGCCGCCUCGGGUAUCAUUGGUGCCGCCAUCGCUUCACCAUUCUUCCUCGUCAAGACUCGUCUCCAAUCCUUCUCGCCCUUCCUCCCCGUGGGUACGCAGCACAAUUAUCGCAACUCCUUCGAUGGUCUGAGCAAGAUCUAUAAAACCGAGGGAGUGAAGGGGUUGUAUCGUGGUGUCGGCGCGUCUAUGGUGCGAACGGGUUUCGGUAGCUCGGUUCAGCUGCCGACUUACUUCUUCGCCAAACGUCGCCUGACGAAGCAUCUUGGUAUGGAAGACGGGCCAGCUCUGCACUUGGCUAGCAGCACAGCUUCCGGCUUUGUGGUUUGCUGCGUGAUGCACCCUCCUGACACGGUCAUGUCGAGAAUGUACAACCAGACCGGUAACCUAUAUAAGGGCGCACUGGACUGUCUGUUUCAGACUAUUCGCACUGAGGGCAUUCUCGCGAUCUACAAGGGUUAUUUCGCUCACCUUGCGCGUAUUCUGCCCCACACUGUCUUGACCCUCACUUUGGCCGAACAGACCAACAAAUACAUGCGGAGACUUGAGGACCGGUUCCUCUCGGAUUCGCUCAGGGCCCGACUGUAAAUAGACGACAUUCAUUCAGCGGCAUUGGCAUAGCUAUAGAAGCAUUUUGGUAUAUUUGAUCAGGGGUUAUAGGGUCGACUUAUAGCGUGUCUUGGCUCGGCUCGUUGUGUACAUAAGGCGUUUCAGCUCGGAUAGUCGCGUCACCUUGGAUUGCAUAGACCUCGAGGCAAGAUAAAUUUAGACCAUCU